AUGGGUAAGACUGCGGCGGAGCGUAUGAAAAAAUAUCGCGAGAAAAUGAAAAAAGAUAAAGUAAAAUACGAAAAUUUUCUUAAAAAAGAACGUGAUAAUAAAAAAGCAACGAAAACGAAACUCAAUGUGGUGGAAUUAGCAGCACUGCGUACAAAGAAUAAUUUACGUCAAAAAAAGUAUCUUAAUAAUAAAACAAAACGAUUAAUUAGUAAAUCUCAACCUGUUGCAUUUAAAAGUCGUCAAUCGUUUGAGAAAGGUAUCAAAAAAGUUAAUUCGGCACUUCCAAAAUGUUUAGGAAAAAAGAAGGUUGUUGUCCAGCAUAUUGCAAAAAAGUUGGGAUUGAUUGCUCCAUCUACGCAUGAGCGUGUCACUGCUCAGCAUCCAGAAAAGUUGAAAGAGGCGGUUCAAAAGUUUUAUGUUCGUGAUGAUAUUUCUUAG